GUUUUAACAAUGACUGAGAAAACAGCCCCCUGGUGGAGGUCUUUCGUAGGCAAGAGGAGAAAGGCAGCCAGAGAAUCGGCGGCCACACUGGAACAGGACCUCCGUAAUCAGGCUUCAGCAGGGUCCACACAGCAUCCCUCCGCUGAGCCGGACCAAAGGCUCACUUCACCGACACGCCCAGCGAAAGAAGAGGGCAACUGCUUACCGAGCGACGAAACAUAUGACGACUCCGCUGUUCAGCCAACAUUCAACGAGAGCUCCAAUCGCCGCAAUCUCACCGUGUCCCGCUCCGGACGCUUCAAAGAGAAACGGAAGACGCGCGUCAGUCUUCCACAGAACCACGGAGACGAUGGGAAAUCAGCCGACGUCCAGUCAACCCGCUGAUUGCCACUGCGGUUUGGUAGAGCACUAAAUACGGCACUACCUCCCUUCUGACACUGCUGAACUCAAUUUGACUCAUGAAUGCACUUAUAUGAAGUUAUGAGGAUAGCCUUUUGGAGUAAGUUAUCCAUAUUACAGAAGCUUUAUUUUCCAAAUGCUGGAAAUAAUGACAUUUCCCUGCUGAAAAAACUGUUUCUUAGUCAGGCUAGUCUUUACAAGUUUUAAAGGGGUUUUGGGCA